GAUAAAAGUGCCACACCUCAUUGAACUAAAAUAAGAUCGGGUUCGAGAUUCUAAUUUGAUGUCAAAGGUCAAGCCAAACAGGUAUGCCGAAAAAAGUUUAAAGAAGUUGUAAAUAGUAUUACAUUCAGAACUUCCUGGUUGAGGGAUCUCACUAUACGAAGAGAAUAGGAAGUAAAUUUAACCAAAAUGGCACCCACCUGAAAAUCUCUGACAAUUUUGAAGAACCUUGGAAGGGCGCGGCAUCUGAGAAUCGAAAGAACUAGAAGUAAACAUGACAUUACCCAUGUUAUCUUCAGGGACAGUGUGGGGAGUUUUGAUUAUUACUCUGCUGUCGAUCAUACCUACAACUGAAGCUGCUCUAGGAGACAGUUGUACUAUGGUGGGUAACUGUGGAUACAACGGGGCAACAUGUGACAGCGGACAAUGUGGAUGUGACACAACGGAGGGAUAUCGAGUGGAGGGAAACCAAUGUUUGCCUAAUGUACUUACUGUGAAUCUCGCUGGACCCUCAAGCAUUGUGUUUGGACAAGAUGCAGUAUUCACAGCCAGUGUCACAUCAGAUCCAGAGGCGACCAACAUCAUCUGGCAGAGAGUGUCUGGUGGUGCUACAACAAACAUUACUAUUAAUAGUACAAAUGUUGUACAGACGGGUACUCUGCCAGCAGGAUCAAUAACUCUUACAAUCAAAAGUGUAACAUUUGCUGAGGGGGGCACCUAUCAAGUGAUGGUGUUGAAUUCAGUGGACCAUAAAACAAGCAACCAAGUGGUACUGGGUGUUACAGGAGAUGCUCCAGCUGUCGGUGUAUCUGGUCCUACCCAGUCUGGUACCACGGUAACUAUUACUUGUACUGCUACUGUUACGUCUGAUUCACCUGCUAUCACAGCCAUACAGUGGACAAAAAACAGUGUCACAAUAGACAUAGCAGGCAGUAACGGGAAAUACUCCGGAGGAACUGUAUCUACACCUCCACUGACUAUCACCUCCAUAGCUCCCACAGACAGGGGAGAUUACCGGUGUAAAGCUACUAACCCUGUAGGAUCUACCACUAGUACUUCUGCUGUGACUCUGGCACCUCCCACUGUGUCAGUUACUGGACCCAGUUCUGUAUUGUACGGUAAUGCUGUCACAUUCAAUGGGACAGUCACUUCUAAUCUUCCCUGGAUUGCUCAGAAAUGGCAAAAAGUACUCAAUAUUGGCACUGUACUAGAUAUAGAUAUAAGUGGUGGGAAGUAUACAGGGAGUAGCCUGGCGUCUCCCAAUCCCAAACUACUGAUCAUCAAAACAGACUUUGGUGACGAGACAAAGUACCAGCUUGUUGUGAGUAAUGGUGUGGGAUCCACCACCAGUAAUCAAGUGACUUUGGAUGUUACUGGAGAUGCUCCAAUUGUCAGUGUAACCGGUCCUACCCAGUCUGAUACCACGGUAACUAUUGGUUGUACUGCUGGUGUUACGUCUGAAUCACCUGCUAUCACAGCCAUACAGUGGACAAAAGACAAUACCACAAUAGACAUAGCAGGCAGUAACGGGAAAUACUCUGGGGGAUCUGUAUCUACACCCUCAUUGACUAUCGCCUCCAUAGCUCCCACAGACAAGGGAGAUUACCGAUGUACAGCUACUAACCCUGUAGGAUCCACUAUUAGUACUUCUGCUGUGACUCUGGCACCUCCCACUGUGUCAGUUACUGGACCCAGUUCUAUAUUGUACGAUAAUGCUGUCACAUUCAAUGGGACAGUCACUUCUAAUCUUCCCUGGACUGCUCAGAAAUGGCAAAAAGUACCCAAUAUUGGCACUGUAAUAGAUAUAGAUACAAGUGGUGGAAAGUAUACAGGGAGUAGCCUGGCGUCUCCCAAUCCCAAACUAAAGAUCAGUAAUACAGACUCUACUGAUGAGGCAAAGUAUCAGCUUGUUGUGAGUAAUGGUGUGGGAUCCACCACCAGUAAUCAAGUGACUUUGGAUGUUACUGGAGAACGUCCAACUGUCAGUGUAUCCGGUCCUACCCAGUCUGGUACCACGGUAACUAUUGUUUGUACUGCUACUGUUACGUCUGAAUCACCUGCUAUCACAGCCAUACAGUGGACAAAAAACAGUGUCGCAAUAGACAUAGCAGGCAGUAACGGGAAAUACUCCGGAGGAUCUAUAUCGAUACCUUCACUGACUAUCACCACCAUAACUAGCACAGACAGGGGAGAUUACCGGUGUAAAGCUACUAACGCUGUAGGAUCUACCAAUAGUACUUCUGCUGUGACUCUGGCACCUCCCACUACUGUGUCAGUUACUGGACCAAGUUCUGUGUUGUACGGUAAUGAUGUCACAUUCACUGGGACGGUCACUUCUGAUCUCUCCUGGACUGCUCAGAAAUGGCAAAAAGUUUACAGUAAUGGCACUGUACUAGAUAUAAAUAUAAAUGAUGGAAAGUAUGCAGGGAGUAGCCUAGCGUCUCCCAAUCCCAAACUACAGAUCAUCAAAACAGACUUUGGUGACGAGACAAAGUACCAGCUCGUUGUGAGUAAUGGUGUGGGAUCCACCACCAGUAAUCAAGUGACUUUGGAUGUUACUGGAGAUAUUCCGACUGUAGCAAUAACUGGAGGUUCGACAGUUGUGUUUGGUAGUGACAUCACGUUCACAGGUACAAUAACAUCCAGUCCUGCGACUACAUCAGUGACAUGGCAGAAGGUUGAUGGUUCACAGACAGAAAAUCUUCAUAUCAGCAAUCAGAAGAACUUGGGAAGUUCUGUUAUUGUCGGUAGUCCUAAACUUGUCAUCAAUGAUGCUAACUUCAUAGAUAAGGCAAUAUACCAGCUGGCAGUUACCAAUCUAGUUGGCACAAGAACGAGCAAUAAGAUCAAUCUCACUGUGACUGGAGAGAAACCAGCAAUAACCAUAAACCCUUCCUCUGCCAUUGUGUCUGUGGUAUAUGGGAUGACUGCUACAUUGACAGCCACAGUGACAACGACAUCAGACAGUCCUCCAGCAGCUGUGAAAGGAGCCUGGCAAAAACAGAUGAGUGGAACGUUCACCGACAUUGACAUAUUAGACCAGAAAUACAAGGACAGUGUAAACGAUGUCAGUGGUCCUGUUUUAAAUAUACACAGUGCUGUGUACACAGAUGAGGGAGCAUACAGAUUCACUGCCAACAAUCUGGUGGGGCUCACUGUCAGUAGUCCUAAAACUCUGGAUGUCACAGGAACCAAGCCCACAGUGACCAUAUCUGCUAAUCCAUCCAGCUCAGUACAAUUUGGCACCACUCUGAACAUCACAGCCACGGUAACAGCGAACCCCCCGGCCAACACAACAAGAUGGCAGAGAAAACCUCUGGAUGGUGCAUGGUCUGAUAUCAAUAUCAGUGAUUCUAUGUAUGGUGGUAGCUCUGUCUCACCUGGUGCACCUUUACUGGCCAUCGCUUCUAUUACGUACAGUGUAGACAAUGCAUCGUUCCGAUGUGUUGUUGGAAAUGUGGAGGGGGAGACAACUAGUAAUGAGAUAACCAUAGAUGUAACGGAAAAUCUUUCCAUGGUGUCUGUAACACCCAGUGGACCUGUCCAGCUUCCUUAUAAUACUACAUUGACACCAGCAUUGGUGGCAACAAUCACUAAUGGAUCAAACACAGAACCAGCAAAAGAGGUUAGAUGGAUAAAGAUAAGGAGCGGGAGUGAAGUACUUAUCGAUAUAAGUAGCUCUAAAUAUUUAGGAAGUACUCUGUUACCGAAUCCUCAACUGAUGAUCAACAAUGCAGUCUUUGGAGAUGAGGCAGAAUAUCAGUGUCAGGCCAGGAAUGCUGAGGGAUGGGGAGCAAGUAAUAAAGUGUCCGUAGAUGUCACUGGAGGCACACUUACUGUUACAAUUGGUUCAAAUGUCACGGAAAAGAUCGGCGAGAGUGUCACAAUAUCCUGUACGGUUACUGGUCCUGAGAUUAGCCAAAUCACAUGGAAGAAGGGAGGUGCUGAUUUAUCUAUUGAUGGUACAAAAUACACAGGAUCUACAACUGACUCGCCUUCUCUGAUCAUAAACAACCUGGUCAUGCAGGACGAUGGCCAGUAUCAGUGUACAGCCACUAACCCCGGAGGGACUUACGCAAGUCCUGGCAGUGCAACACUCACUGUCAUAAAUCGACAGUUUCAAGACGUCUGCAAUGCGAGUCUCCCUUGUGAUGACAGUAAGAAAUUAGAGUGUUCCCAGUCUACUGGGCGGUGUGUCUGUAAAGGGACGUUUUAUCAUAACAACAACCUAUGCCAUUCAAGAGAUAGAUUAAAGGCUACAUUUACAUCACAUUCGUCCAGUACCUCAGCAUUCUCUGUGACCUGGAACGAUCCCUCCAAUGAUGUGAACCUUGUGAGUGGAUAUAUUGUGAGAUGGAGAAUUCAUGACCAGAUAGAAUCUACACAACAGUUACAGACAGUGGACAAAUCAGUGACCAGUCACACUGUUAGUACUGGACUGAUACCGGGACAGCUAUACAUUGUGGCUGUGACAUCCUCUGUGACACUCACUAAUCCAGCCUCUAAUAUAGAAGUACACAGUGACCUGGAAUACAUUAGGAUAGUUCCUCUUCCACCAGGGUCUAUAUUGGAUAGUAGUGAUUUAGCAUCAGAUGAAUUAAUGCUGAGCUGGACUCCACCAAUAAGUAAUACAGUGGUCACCAAAUAUGACGUGACAAUUGAUGGGAGAACACAGAGUACUGUGGACAGUAAUGCUAACAUUCAGUUUACAAAACAGCUGGUUCCUGGCACAAAGUACAAUGUCAGCAUAGUGACAGUCAGUGGUCAGAACAUAAAUAACAAUGAGGAAAAAAGGAGUGUAGCUUAUACAGAGGAGAUCCGAACCACCCCAACAAGACCAGGUCCACCAACAGGUGUGAAGUGUCCAGGAGAACCAAAGGACAAAUCAUUAGAGAUCUCCUGGACAGCUCCUACUGCUCCUAAUGGACGGAUUGUGAAGUACAUCAUUAUCGUGAGUGGAGCAGUCACCAAGACUGUGGAUACAUUGAGCAAUGUGAAUACAUUUGAUAUCAUAGGACUUUUAGAAGAGAGAUCCUAUACAUUUGCUGUCAAGACGGUUAAUGAUGCAGUGAAUUCAAUCAGCAGUGAAAGUGUACCGGUAACAUGCCAGACAAGACUAGGCUUAUCUACCCCACCAAAUGCACUCACCAUCGGCACCCAAAACAGUAGAGGAUUUCCUGUGUCCUUUAGUGUUCCUAAUAAUGUCAAAGGACAGCUGGCUGGUUACAGAAUUCUCAUCAAAGAUGCCAGUAAAUGCUGGCAGCAGAUUAACAUCAUAUGUACUUCUUGUACUGAUUUUAACAGUACUUCCCAAAGUUGUGACACAAGUAUUGUACACAGAGUACCUGACAUAGCUAUCACACAGAACUAUAAUGUCACAGGUCUACAUCCAUACAGAAACUACACAGUGGAAGUGGCAGCCAUUAAUGGAGCAGGAGUAGGAAACUCUGUUGAUAAAACAACAAUGACUGAGGAAGAAGUUCCACAGAAGCCUUCCAUCAGUUCUGUUGCACCCAAAUCUGACAAAGAGGUAGAUUUGACGUGGAUGUUAGCUCCUCCCUCGCCUGGCAACGUGACAUACACCGUGACAGUGAUGGAGGCGGAGGAUAACACGUCUAAUGUUUUUAUCAACAAGAGAGAGAUACAUUACAGUGGAUUUGAACAUAAAGAGAAAGUGAUUGAUGGUUUAGAAGGAUUUUGGAGAUAUAAAUUUACUUUGACAGCCACCACAAUAAAGGGAUCACAAACAUCUGAAGAGUCUGGUGUAAUCAGGACAAAGCAGGGGGUUCCAGGAAAAGUACGGGAUCUAACAGUAGUACGGAAACCUAACACCUACCGAGCAGCUCUAGUCCAAUGGAAAGUCCCCUUACUUAGGGACCAGAAUGGGAUCCUUGUAAAUUACAGGUUCAUCAACUCUGGGUCAACAGAUAGAUUUGUUCCUGUGGAUACUAAUGAGCUGUUUAUUACAGAAGAAGAGAUCGUUGUUGUUCCUGAAAUGACAUACUCCAUAGAGAUAUAUGCCAUUAAUAGUGACGAUACCAUUGGUGAAAAAGAAACGUUCAUAUAUUCUGCAGAAUCUGGUCUGAAACAGGAUCCACAGUCAACGUCGCCCGUGGGAGUCAUCGUAGGUAGUAUUGCUGGAGUGAUAAUCGUAAUCACAGCUCUUGUGAUUGCCAUCUUUAUAUGGAGGAGAAAACGGAGUGAAUCAAAACAAGAUUCCAAAACAUAUGCAGAUUUGACACUAUACGACCGAGGCAGCAGUGACCAGACAUAUUCAGCCUUGGAUCAACGUACUCGGAUACAAAGAGAAAAACCGAUAACUUCACAAUCAUUUGUGGACCAUGUUCUUGAUCUGAUGAAAGAUAGCAGGCUAAAAAUUUGUAACGAAUUUUCCGAACUACUUCAGUCAAAGGAAACAGCAGCUACAACAAAAGCAAAUUCGAAGAUGAAUACAAACAGAAACAGAGGGAGUGUAGUACCCUAUGAUUUUAAUCGCGUACAGCUCCAAGAGAAGAGGGAUGGCUCAGACUAUAUCAAUGCAAGCUAUGUUUUGAAUCAAAGCUAUAUAAUGACACAGUACCCUCUUCCGAAAACAGUUGGACAUUUUUGGCGCAUGGUUUGGGAACAGAACUGUCCCUUGAUAGUAGCACUUACAAUUGAUGAUGAAAAACAUAAGGAGGAAUGGUAUUUUCCUGCAUCCGAUGGAGCAGUCCGCACUGUUGGUGGGAUUGAUGUGGAACUCGUUGCAACGUUCAACGUACUGGAGAAAGUGACAUUACGUAAAAUCAAGUUAUCUAAGGAAAAGCAGCUAAAGAAUGUAAAUCAUAUCCAUGCAUACGGUCUGGGAAUGGUGAACAUAUCAGAUCAACUCCUUCAUAGCAUAAAUCUCGUAGCAGCGAACAACACUAACAUGCAAAGCAACGGGCCGUAUGUUGUACACGGUGGAUGCGUCGGUAUAGACUACAGUGGGGUGUUUGUUCUGGUGGAUUACCUUGUUAAGUUAAUUGAGUCUGGUGUCAAUAGGAUUGACGUUUACGGGUCCACAUUCACUAUCAUGAGCGAAAGAAUGGAAGCCCUAACCACGGAGGAACAAUACACUGUCAUUUACACGUUCCUCAAGAGAUAUAUCAAUGACAAAUCCCGCUCUGGAAAACAUCCUUCUAAUUUCGAUAUAAAAGAUGCAGCAAGUGCUUACGAAUAUUUACCUUGAAGUGAACCUGGUCCUUCUUGUCAUCACAAGGAGAUUCACAAAACAGAAUGAGGACUUCUUAAAAUAUCAUUUUAUCUAUAUUCCUGUAUCCGGAUAUGGAGGACUUUUUCGCAAUCAUACAUGUAGUUUGAUUAUCAGAGGAGUUUGUAAUGUUGGUAAUUUGCAUUUUUAUGAACAUAAAGGUUUGCAUGACUUAAGUACUCUCAAACAUUUAGCACAGUGACAGUCCCAACAAUUUUCAAUUUGUAAAUAUGAAAUGGUGAAGAUGACAUACAAUGAUGAAUCUCAUAAAUCUUAUAAAGAAUGCAAAAUUCUACGAGUAGUAUCUGAUAAAAGUCAUGCACAAAAUAUUGAUAGACAACCCUAAUAUUUAUAUAAACACUCCCGCGCGAAUGUCACACCUCAGAUCAUUUACAGGUAAAGUCUACAAUGAAGGGCAGGCAAGGUGACAUUGUAGAGCGGAAGUUAAAAGUACGUUUUGACAACAAAUAGCUAAACCAUAAGUGAUAAAAAUUAGGUUACAUGAGGAAUAUGUUUUGUUUCCAGCUACCAAAGCCUGUACCAACAUUGUCUUUGUUUGUAAGGCUCAUUAUUACAACUGUAUUUCAAACGAACUUUGUAUUGAUUCCACAUUUUUUGUAAUCGUACUUAUACUCCAACUGUCCUUUCAAAUUAUGAAUUUUUUUUCAAAAAUCAUGCUUCAGAUUUAAAAACUUCUAAUAUUCCAGUCAAUGGGAGAAAUGAAUACGAGUUAUCGUACCUAUACUGGAUUCCUAAACUGCACAAAAACCCUUACAAAGAUACAUUGCUGGAUCGAGUAAACGUUCUACCAAGCUCCUGACUUUCCUCCUCAUGAAAAUAUUAAUAGUUGUGAAUGAUAACCUUCAAACAUAUUGUGCCACAACAUAUGCCAAAAAUGGUGGAAAUCAAAUGUGGAUUCGAAACAUCUCUGGUGUGUCCAGGGGUCUGUGUUUGCCCAACUAUGUAUUUUGUAUUGCUUAUAGGAGUUAUGAGAUUGAUCACUGUUCGUUAUCUUCACCUUGCAUCCUAAAGAAGGUUUGGUAAAUUUAAAUCACAAAACUUUUCUCGAAUUAAAAACAUCAAAACGUAUAUAAUUACAAAGCUUUUCACGACUAUUCCUAACGAUGAAUUAAAGAUGUUUUAGACUUUUCUUUUUACAUCAUACAGUGUUGCUUCUUCAACAAAAAUGGAAAAAGGAAAUGUUCAUAUCUAGUGAUCAGUCAUGCAAACAACUACUUUGUUCAACACCGCACUAAGUUUACGCACAUGUACACUGAAGUUAAUAUUAAAGAGAUGCUGAAGUUCUUCAUUGACAAUGGUUUUGUAGUCGUUAGCGAUCAGGUAUUUUCACAAUAUGUUGGAAUCCCCAUAGGCGAUAAUUGUGUUACUUUGUUAGAUGACCUGUUUUAAUAUUUUUAUGGGGCAGAAAUUGUUCAAAAGCUUCUAAAUGAGAAGAAACAAUAUCUUGCUGUGGCCUUCAACUUGGCAUUUAGAUAUAUCGACGACGUCUUAUCUAUUAACAAUAAUCAUUUUCAAUCAUGUAUCGAUUUGAUAUAUGCCAGUGAACUCGAAAUAAAAGACACAACAGAU